AUGCUAAACAGAGGUGCAACAGAAGGUGAGGAUGACCAUGAUUUGAGGAUUGUGUUGUUGGGUAAGACGGGAGUGGGAAAGAGCGCUUCAGGAAACACAAUCUUGAGAAGAGAUGCUUUUAAAUCAUCAAUUAAAACAUCUGAAUAUAAAAGAAGAAAGAUCUCUGUGAUUGACACUCCAGGACUGUUUGAUACUGCCGUUGAUAAUGUUGAGACCAGAAAAGAGCUUGUGAAGUGUGUCUCAAUGGCAGCUCCUGGACCACAUGUGUUUCUACUGGUGCUUCAACUGGGUCGAUUCACUCAAGAGGAGACAGACGCGGUGAAGAUCAUCCAGGAGACCUUCGGUGACAAAUCCAGAAUGUUCACCAUGGUGCUGUUCACCAGAGGAGAUGACCUCAGAGGAACAACGAUUGAAGACUUUAUUGAACCUAAUGAUAGUUUACAGAGCAUCACCAGACAGUGUGGAAACAGAGAUCAUGUGUUCAAUAAUAAAGAGUCUCAAAAUCAAACACAGGUUUCUGGUCUUCUGGAUAAGAUCGACUGUAUGGUGGCAGCAAACGGAGGCAGUUUCUACACCAAUGAGAUGUUCCAGCUGGUGGAGAAGAACAUCACAGACCACCCUCACAGUCUAGCAUCUGCUUAA